CGGUUAUGUGGUUUUGGCUGUGUCGUGCAAUAUGAAGAAAAAUGUUGCUGAAAUAUUUGGGUUCUAUUCUAGCUGCUCAGGAUUUCGAGAACCGGGUGGUGUCGGUGGCGUGGUCGCCGAACAGCUGUAAAUUGGCAGUGGCGCUGAGCGAUCGUUCGAUUUACCUGUUUGACGACAAGGGCGUGAAAAAGGAUAGAUUCUCGACGAAGCCCGUGGACUCCAAGAACGGCAAGAAGAGUUACGUGGUGAAAGGUAUCGCGUUCUCGCCGGACUCAACGAAGAUCGCCGUUGGCCAGACCGACAACAUCGUCUACGUCUACAAAAUCGGCGAGGAAUGGGGCACGAAGAAGGUGAUCUGCAACAAAUUCCCCCAGCCCUCGGCGGUCACUUGCUUGGCGUGGCUGGUCGACGGUCCUAUAAUCGUCGGUCUGGCGGACGGCCGCGUCCAGGCAGCCGUGGCCAAGGCCAACAAAAGUCGCAACCUCUACGCCACGCAAUCGAUGACCCUGGCGAUAGCCGUGAACCCGCGAGGCACGGGAUUCCUGUCGAGCCACGCGGACGGCAGCGUCGUUCGCUACCUGGUCAGCGAGGACGGCGGUGCAGUUGAAGCGUCCGGUAAGCUGCUCGUGCAUCCCGUGCCGGCCUACGCCUUGGCCUGGUGUCAGAGUCACAUCCUCUGCGGCGGCCACGACAAGCGCCUGGUAUUUUACGACUCGCGCGGCAAGCCGGCCAAAGCCUUCGAUUACAGUCGCGAGACUGCCGACAAGGACAUGUCGGUUGCCUGCUGCAGUCCAAGUGGAUUGAGCGUUGCCGUUGGCUCGUGGGACAGAGUUAGAAUUUACGAUUGGAGUCCGAGGAAGAAGCUCUGGGAAGAGACGAUAUCGCGAAGCCUGCCCAAUUUCUACACGGUCACUGCGUUGGCUUGGAGACGCGAUGGUUCCAAACUGGUGGUCGGCGGACUAUGCGGCGCGGUCGAGCAGUUCGAAACCAUCCUGCGCAAGUCCAUCGUUCGCGGCAGCUACGAGGUGACCUACGUGGGACCGAAUCAAGUCGUCAUCAGGUCGCUGGCCAACAAGCACAGUCGACCCGUGAUAGUCAACUCGCAAAGUGGCGGCGAAAUCGACGACGUCAAGGUGUUCGGUCGUACGAAUAACCGGGUGGUCGCUCGUACCGCGGAUUCGCUGCUGAUUUGCGACAUCGACGCCGAUCUGCUGAGCGAGAUACCGUGGGACGCCGCGAAUGGUGGCGAGCGUUUCUUCUUCGAGUACCCGGGCGUCUGUUUGAUCUUCUGCGCCGGUGAGCUGACGUUGGUCGAGUACGGUCGCAACGAAAUUCUCGGCAGCGUGCGCACGGAGUCGAUCAAUCCCCACGUGGUCAGCGUUCGCAUAAACGAGCGUCGCUUGCCCGGCGCGCCCGACAACAAACGACUCGCCUACCUGCUGGACCCCCACACCGUGCAAAUAUUGGAUUUGGCGAGCGGCAAGCCAGUGACGACGGUGCACCACGACGCGAGAAUCGACUGGCUGGAAUUGAGCGAGACGGGGAGUCGAAUGCUGUCGAGGGACAAGCGAGCGAGGCUUUGGCUGAGCGACGAUAACGGUGGCCACACGCUGCUGCUCACCGGCACCAGUUACGCGAGCUGGGUGAUGGGCAGCGACGUGGUGGUAGCGCAGUCGGGCAGCAACGUGGCAGUCUGGUACAACGUCGACGCGCCCGAGGCGGCGACCUUCAUCGCGGUCAAAGGCGACGUAGCGGACAUCGUACGCGACAACGGCAGAACGUCGAUGAUCGUCGAAGAGAACGCCAGCGAGGUGGCCUAUCCGCUGGACGAAGGACUGAUCGAGUUUGGCACCGCGUUGCACGACAACGACUUCGGUCGCGUGGUGCUGUUUCUGGAAGAGCUGGGCGAUCGUCCGCACACCGAGGCCAUGUGGGAGAACGUGGCGAACAACGCGAUGAGCGGAAGAGCACUGAUCGUGGCAGCGCGCUGUUACGCGGCUCUGGGUGACGCAGCGUCGAGUCGUAUGUUGAAGGAGAUCGUUCGCAUGGGCGAGAAAUACGCCGAAGAGAGCGGCCACAGGCCACUGCAGAGUCCGGACUGCUGGGCCAAGCUGGCGAUACUGCGUGGCGAUUUGAAAGCCGCCGAGGCGCUGUAUCUCGAGCAGAACGAGCUGACCAAAGCCUUGGACAUGUAUCAGAGAUAUUGGCACUGGGAGGAGGCGCUCAAUCUGGCGCAGACGCGGAGGUGGCACGGACUUGCCGAGCUGAGGGACAGGCACCUCGCGUGGCUAAUGGAUAGCGGCCAGGUGUCCAAGGCUGCCAGCAUCAUCGAGUCCGACAACCCGAAGCGCGCGAUCAAGCUCUACCUGCAGGCCAAGCGGCCAGCGCGAGCGGCGCGACUGCUGCUCUCGCAGGACGAGCUGGCGAGCGAGGAGAAUCUCGUCGGCGAGGUGCUGCGCGCACUGAAGGCCGCGGAUCUGCUGGAGCUGGCCGGCGAGAUCAACGAGCGCACCGGAAUGUAUCUCGAGGCUAUUCGGGACUACGGGAAGGCCGGCGUGUUCGUGAGGGCGCUGGAACUCGCGCGAGAGCACGAGCCGAACAGCGUGGUGAAGCUGGAGCGCGAUUGGGGCCACCACCUGAUGUCGGGCGGCCACUACGACGCGGCGAUCAACCACUUCAUCGAGGCCGGCGAGACGAGGCUCGCGCUGAAGGCCGCGGUGCUCGCGCGCCAGUGGAAGAAGGCGCUGCAGAUAAUCGAGGUCGUGGAACUCGACGACGAGGCCGAGGCGCGCGGCCACUGCGAGAGAGUCGCCGAGCACUUCGCCGGCGCCGGUGACCUCGGCGUCGCCGAGCGGCUCUACCUGCGCGCGGGCCUGCCGCGGCGGGCCGUGGAGGCCCACGCGGCGGCGCACAACUGGGCGCGCGCCCAGGAGCUGGCCAAGCGGGAGCUGCCGGCCAGCGAGGCCCACGAGAUCCUCGCCGGCCACGCCGAGGCGCUGCGGGCGGCGGGCGACUACCGGCACGCCGAGGCGCUGCUCGCCGCGACCGAGCAGUACGACGAGGCCAUCAGGAUGUACAAGGAGGCCGGCCUGCGCCAGGACGCGGUGCGGCUGGUGGCCAAGCACCGCGCGGACCAGCUCAAGGCCACGCACGCGCUGCUCGCCAAGGAGCUGGAAUCCGCGGGCAAGCCGCGCGAGGCCGAGGAGCACUUCCUCGGCGCGGACGACUGGCGCGGCGCCGUGGCCGCCUAUCGGGCGGCGAACAUGUGGGAGGACGCGCUCAGAGUGGCGCGGAAGGCGUCCGGCGACAAGGCGGCCCAGCAGGUCGCGCUCAUGUGGGCGAGGACCCUAGCGCCGGAGCUGGGCGCUAGACUGCUCACGAGGCUGGGCUACCUGGACGCAUGCUUGCUGUUCGCCUGCGACGCCGGGGCCUUCGACUGGGCGCUCGAGGUGGUCAAGUACGCCAGCGAGGAGCAGCAGAGGCAGGUUCAUUACAGAUACGCCAUGGCGCUGGAGGACGAGGGCCGCUUCAACGAGGCCGAGCAGGAGUUUCUCCGAGCCGCGAAAGCGAUGGAAGCCGUGCAGAUGUACAUUCACCUGAGAGAGUGGGACCAAGCGGAGUACGUGGCCAACAAUCACUGCAGGGAAGGGCUCGAUCAGGUGCUCGUCGCCCGAGCCUCCGAAGCCGCCGAGAGCGGCGACUUCGCCACUGCCGAGGCCUUGCUGCUGCGCGCCUCCAAGCCCGAGCUCAUCGUCGCGCACUACAAGAACGCCGGCAUGUACUCCGAGGCGAUGCGGGUCUGCCGGACUUACAUGCCGCACCAGGAAGCCGCGCUUCGGCGCGAGCUCGGCCACCGCUCGGCCCAGCUGGACGGCGACGACGCCGAGCGAGCCGUCGCCGAGGCGCGACACUACCUCGAGCUCGGCGAGACGCGCGCGGCCCUCGACGCCUUGAUGCAGGACGCGCGCGCGCCCAAGCACGUGCUGCGGCUGGCGGCCGACGUGCUGCUGCACCGCGCGGAGCCCGACGUCGCCGGCGCGGUCGCCGGCGAGCUCGGCCCGAGGCUGCUCGCCGCCGGCGAGCACGCCCUCGCCGCCCAGAUCUUCCUCCAGGCCGACCGCGUCAAGGACGCGGUCAACGCGCUGGCCGCUGGCGACGACUGGCCCAAGGCCAAGAGGCUCGUCCGGGAGCUGGCGCCGGACCUCGAGAUCUAUCUCGAGGACUUGUACAGGGAGGCGAUGAUCAAGGAGGGCCAGGUGGAAAAUCUCGCGAGGGUCGACGCCGACGCCGCGAUCGACAUGCUCAUUAGGAAGGGCAUGUGGGACCAGGUGUUCGAGACCGCCAAGUCGCAAGGCUCGACGGUGCUGCACAAGUAUGUGGCGCAACGCGCGGCCCAGCUACUCAAAUCCGACAGCGUGAUCGAGGCGCUGCAGCUGUAUUGCCAGUACGGCACACCGCCGAUCAAUCAGAAUUACAAUCUCUACUAUCAUUUGGGCGAGAAAGUGUUGAAUUCCGUCGAGACUAGCGCGGAGUACACUUACAUCGCAAAGCUGAGGAACAUCGUGCUGAAUUUGGUGAAGGCGCUUGAUACGUCCAAUUACACGACGCUGAGUAAAUUUGAUCGCCUCCUGAGCGCGGUUCAUUACUGCGGGAUACGUCUCGCGUGUAAGACGAAUUUGCCGACGCUCAGCGGCAUCGUUCUGAAAGCUUCGGUGUCGCUUCUGAGAUACACCGAUAUCGUUGUGGCUGACAAGGCGUAUUACGAAGCAGGCGUACAAUCGCGCGAAGCUGGGAACAGCAGCGAGGCCUUCGUCUUCUUGAAUCACUUUUUGGAUCUGGAGGAGUGCGUCGAGGAGGGCGACGGUAGUGUUUUAGACGUGGAUGACUUUCGCGUAACGGACUUCCCAUUAGAAGUGCCACUGCCACUCGGCUUAGCCCUAAGUCGCGAGCAACGCGAAGAAGUGCGCGAAUGGGUUCUCACGAUCAGCGUCGAUCAGAAAGUCGAACAGGGAUUGCCAUUGGAUCAACGUGGUAUCUACGUAGGCUCAUUAACAAGCCAUAACAGCGAUGCCGCGCCAUUGCCGGAAUGCGCUCUCACUGGCUACCCCGUGCGCGGUGCGAGCAUUCAAUUUGAAGGACCUAAUAAGAGAUUGGCGUCGAGAGACGAUUGGAAUAAAUUUUCAGCUGCUGCUAGGCAAAGUACGAGCGAUUCGCCGUUGAACGACGUGUUAGCUUUUAUACAGGAAUGGUGUGGUUUUGCACCUAAUUACUCCUUUUAAUGACGUUCGAUUGUUUGUGUGUAAUCAAUGUUCUGUGUGAAUUCAAUAAAGCUUGGAUCGUUUUGUUAAA